AUGACUGAAAAAACAAAUGUUGUUCUUGUCGGAGCCAGCGGUGAGACUGGCAAGUCUGUCGCCGAUGGCAUCCUUGCUUUUCCGGAUAAAUUCAACCUAACUGCACUCGCUCGUCCAGCUUCCAUAGACAAGCCGGAGUACCGAGAACUCAAGAAUCGAGGCGUAAAGAUAGCUCCGGUCGAUGCCAGCAGUGUGUCGGAUGAGCUUAUCUCGCUGCUCAGUGGCGUUGAUGUCGUCAUUACAUGUCUCAUUUUGACGGAUAUGAUGCGAUGA